CUCUAGACGCAGAUAAAAGAUAAUAAAUUAGGUCAUGAAUUGUGCAUUCUUGUAAAAAGUGAUUUAUAAGUAUCAACGAAAUUUUCGUAGUUUGAACAUUGUACAAGUCAUUGAUUACGUUACCAAAACAUUAUUCCUCUAGUGUCGUAAGAAAAUUGUACUACUCUAUUGCCAGAUCGACAUAUGACAGAAAGUAACAUGGCGGAAACUACACAUUCGAAUAAAGUAGAAUCUUACUUUCAAAGGGGAAAUAGUACUUUGAAAGUACCUAUGUCCCUGUUCAGAAAUAACCGAAAAAGAUUAGUCGCACGUGUUAAAGCGCAUGCAAAAGUACCAGCCACAGGCACUUUUAUUAUUCUUCAAGGAGGAGUUGAAAUUCCGUUUAAUGACACAGAUAUAUCGUGGCCAUUCAGGCAGGAAUCAUUUUUUCAAUGGUGUUUUGGUGUUGAAGAGCCAGGAUGUUAUGGUGCUCUUGAUUUAAAGACUGAAGCAUCUAUUUUGUUUGUGCCACGAUUACCAGCAGAAUAUGCAGUUUGGGAAGGAAAAUUAUAUACUUUAGAGGAGUUUAGACAGAGAUAUGCUGUAGAUGAAGUUUACUAUACCGAUGAGAUUGCUAAAAUUUUUAAAUCAAAACAAGCAGCUCUUUUGCUUACUUUGAGUGGUCAAAAUAGUGAUAGUGGUUUACAGACAAAAGAAGCAAUUUUUGAUGGUAUUAACGAAUUUAAAGUAAACAAUACGAUUUUAUACCCAGAAAUGUGUGAAUGUCGAGUUAUAAAAUCUCCACAAGAAAUUGAGGUAUUGGAAUAUGUGAUUAAAAUAAGUUCUGAUGCUCAUAAGUCUAUUAUGCGUAUGAUAAAACCAGGAGUUGCAGAAUUUCAAAUGGAAGCAGCUUUUAUGCAUUAUGUGUAUUCUGUGGGAGGCUGUAGACAUGUAUCCUAUACUUGUAUUUGUGGAUCUGGACAUAAUGCAUCUAUAUUGCAUUAUGGACAUGCUGGUGCUCCCAACAAUAAAAUUAUAAAUGAUGGUGAUAUGUGCCUUUUUGACAUGGGUGGAAAUUACUGUGGAUAUGCAGCAGAUAUUACAUGCAGUUUUCCAGUCAAUGGAAAAUUUACAGAAGAUCAAAAAAUGAUAUAUAAUGCAGUAUUGGCUGCUCGUAAUGCAGUAAUGAAUGCUGCGAAACCAAAUGUUGCAUGGACAGAUAUGCAUCUUCUAGCAAACAAGACCAUGUUAACAUCAUUAAAAACUGGUAGUCUGCUAGUAGGUGAAGUUGAUGAAAUGAUAAAAGUAGGAUUACAUGAAGUUUUCCAGCCUCAUGGUCUUGGACACCUUAUGGGAUUGGAUGUCCAUGAUGUUGGUGGAUAUCUUCCAGGACAUCCUGAACGUUCAUCGGCUCCAGGGCUAAGAAAAUUGAGAACCAGUCGUGUUUUACAACCUGGUAUGGUUUUAACAAUUGAACCAGGUUGCUAUUUUAUUGACUGUUUGUUAGAUGCGGCAUUAAAAGAUCCAAAACAAUCGAAGUUCAUUAUUGCUGAAAAAUUGAAGAAAUUCCGUGGUUGGGGUGGUGUUAGAAUCGAAGAUGAUGUUCUUAUAACAGAAACUGGUGUAAGAAAUUUAACAGAUGUGCCACGCACAGUUGAAGAAAUAGAGAAAUGGAUGGCUGCUAGAAAAGAAGAAAAUUCACCACAAACAAGAAAAUUCAACAAUGAAAACAUAUGUAUGAUGUAUACGAGUGUUUAACUAAGAAUUUUGUGCCAAGAUCUACUGUUUACAGAUUCUGUUCUUCAUGAUAUGAGAACAGUUGUGAUA